AUGUCUAACAUUCAUCGAGAUAUCAAGGUCACUCAUGAGGCAGAAGCUUUCUCAUCUCAACAACCCAAACAAUCAUCAAUCGACCGAAUCUCGCGAAAAACCCCCCAACAACACUUGAAGAGUUUGUUGGUCUUAACCACUGUAGGACUUGUGAUCUUAUGGUUCAAAGAUUUUUUUGAAACACCUCUCAGAAAUCAAGAUCCAGAAGAUAUAAAGCUUAACCGAUGGAUCGAAACUCAAACGAAUAUUUCAUGGAAUGCAUUAUUAGCGAACAUUGGUGUCAAUGGAACUUAUCCUGGUGUGGUAAUCGCUUCACCUUCGAAACAUGAACCAGAUUAUUUUUAUACUUGGACAAGAGAUUCAGCUCUUGUGAUGAAAGAAAUCGUAAUACGAUAUGAAGAUGGUGAUCAUUCACUUUUAGAAUUAAUCAAAUCAUUUGUUUCAGUUUCAAAGCAUAUUCAAGAUCAAUCUAGAUUGCAUUCUACUGUUGGUUUAGGUGAACCAAAGUAUUAUGUUAAUGGUGAUGUGUUUAUGGGUCCUUGGGGUAGACCUCAACGAGAUGGUCCAGCCUUGAGAGCCACAACUCUAAUCAGAUUCGCCAAUGUCUAUCUUGAACGUGGUGGAGAAGAGGCUUCAAGUUAUGUUCGUGAAGUAUUAUAUGACGGAAAGUGGGAAUCGAGGACUGAUCUUGAGUAUAUCGCUUCAACUUGGUCGAAGACGUCUUUCGACUUAUGGGAAGAAGUAGACGGACAUCAUUACUACACCUUUGCAGUCAUUCAGAGCGCCCUUGCAGAUGGAGUUAAAUUUUCACGUCAAAUGGAUGACCCAGGUGCAGCAGAUUGGUAUCAGUUACAAUUGUCUGCUAUCACUCCUCGGUUAGAUCUAUUCUGGGAUGACCAGAGAGAUGUGAUCAUGGCUACUCAAAAUUGGACAUAUCCAUACGGUAAAACCUCUUGGUUAGACGUCAGCACGAUCUUGGCGAGCCUACAUACCGAAAACAAUGACUCCCCAUCGGAACCUUCAUCAUCUCGAAUCCUAGCCACUCAUCAUGCGCUAGUCGAGUCUAUGAGGGAUCUUUAUCCCCUCAAUCGUCUCUACGCAUCCCGGCCCGCCAAGGCUAUCGGACGUUAUCCCGAAGAUGUGUAUGAUGGUGUCGGAAAGAGUGAAGGUAAUCCUUGGUACCUCGCAACUUUAGCAUGUGCUGAGAUGCUAUACCGAACCAUU